AUGACAAUGGCCGCCGAACAAACUCCUGGCGUCGACGCAAACGCGGACGACGAGGACGGCAGCUAUCUGAUAAAGGAAAUCGACAUCGACGAUGAUAUCUGUUGCACGACUGAACGGGAGGGGAGUUGUGGCGCGACAUCAAAGCGAACGAUCAAAAUCCAUCAGGUCUUUUCGAACUCCCGAACAAAUGCAGUUGUCUGGGACGCGGGCCUGGUUUUGGCGCACUUUUUGAUGCGAAGCCGUUCUCUCGUGGAGGGCAAGAAUGUCCUGGAGCUCGGCGCGGGCACAGGGAUCGUCGGCUUGGUCGCUGGUUUCGUGGGCGCACGAAAAGUUUGCCUGACCGAUUUGCCAGAUGCGAUUGCCUUGCUGCGGAGGAAUGUGGAGCGGAAUCAUCUACAUCACAGUGGGCGGAGUUCUUUUUCGGUUCCUUCUUCAUCAUAUUCUUGUGCGGAUGGGCUCGGCAGCGGAGGCGCAAGUGACGAAAAGGAGAAGGGAAGUGGUGCGCUCGCGGCGGCCUCAUCGGUAGGCGUAGAAGGGAACACGAAGGACAAGAAUGCCGCUUCAGUGCAGGAUCCCGGUAGCUCCUCCUGCUCCAAAUCAUAUCACGUGGCGCCGCUAGUUUGGGGCAAGGAGCAUUUGGCAGGUCACAGUCGACAUUUUUCUGGUAUUGUUGAUUUCUUCUGCAACGACGAGUAUGAGACGAGCGUCGGAAGGAUUUCCACCGAGAAAGUAGAAGCAAUGGAUAUAGAGCAGAAAACAACGCCGCAGCCUCAGCCUAGCCUGAGUGUCGACGUUGUUCUCCUCGGCGACUGCCUUUUCGAGCCGGAAGGAGUGGAAGCGUUGAUAGAAACCUUGGUUGAAUUGAGGGCCCGAGCGCAACACAGCCCCAAGCCACUGGAAAUUCUGUGUGCGUACGAAGUGCGCACCGAGGGGCAAAAUAGAGGGCUAGAGAGGGGAUUUUUGGAGGCGAUGGCGAAAGAUGGCUUGUUUGUCGCUGAAAGAAUAGAACUCGCAAAGCUGCAUCCAGACUAUUGCUGCGAAGACAUUCCGGUGUGGAGGUUAGUGAGCCGCAGCAAAGAUGUUGUCAACGAGAACGAGCGAAAAGAAAUUUGAAAAAUGUUGGAGAAAGAGCAGCAGCCGUU